AUGGCGAAUGAUAAAGUGAUUGGUGAGGGUGAUAUUGGUGGUACGAGUCCCUCCGGGGGUGGGAAGAAGAAACGCAAAGGUUUCUUGUCGCGAAUUUGGAACGGGAUAUUUAGGUUACACGGUGAUGAUUUCGAGAAGAGACUCCAAUACAUUUCUAAAGAGGAGGCUCAGGUUAUGACUAGGAUGAACAGCAGAUCGCGAUCCUUGAGGAGAAUUUCCCGCCAUCUUAUUAUGUUGUCUGUCAUAUUUGAGGUUGUUGCUGUAGUUUAUGCUAUUAUGACAACAAGAUCAAUUGACUUGAAUUGGAAAAUGAGAGCAAUCCGGGUUUUGCCAAUGUUUCUUUUGCCUGCAGUGGCAUCUGUUGCCUAUACUGCAUUUAUCAGCUUCACAAGGAUGUGUGAUCGCAGGGACCAGAAAAUUCUUGAAAGGCUGCGAGCUGAAAGACAAGAAAAAAUUGAUGAGCUCAAAGAAAAGACAAAUUAUUACACUACACAACAGCUCAUUCAGAGAUAUGAUCCAGACCCAGCUGCAAAAGCGGCUGCUGCAACUAUUUUAGCAUCUAAGUUGGGUGCAGAUUCUGGUUUGAGAGUGUAUGUGGAAGAUGAGCACAAUUCCAGCACUCCAAUAGGGAAGAGCUAUGAUGUUGAACUUGUGCAGUCCUCUGGACUUCGAAAUAGGAGACAAAUUCAAUCUAGAAGCAUUAGUCCGCGGGCAACCACACCACAUCCUGGUGAUCAACAAGUUGGUCCUGGGGGAAGUGAUCAAACUCAGACUUUUGAGGACAAUCAGCUUGUUGUUGUUGAACAUCACCAACCUCAAAGUUCAAGCACACAAGAUGCUGGAUGGAUUGCACGAAUUGCAGCUUUGCUUGUGGGUGAGGAUCCGGCACAGUCGUAUGCUCUCAUAUGUGGUAACUGCUAUAUGCAUAAUGGUUUAGCCCGUAAGGAGGAUUUCCCAUUUAUCACAUACUACUGCCCACAUUGUCAUGCCCUUAACAAACCGAAGCAAUUGGAUGAGCGUAUAUCUGGUCUUACUUCUCCAAACACAGGGACUCCAAAUACGGUCAAUAGUGUGACUGAUGCAGUUAAGAAUGUUAGGGCAUCUGCAGCUGAGAGUAUAAUCACAGGCAGUAGUCCUGGAAGUGCUUCAAGCUCUGAGAUUGGGGAAGUACCAGAAAGGGCAUGUGUGGAUGAGAAAGUUGAUUAA